UUAGCACAAGCGUGUGGAGCUGCAGAGAUCAAUGCACGAUGCCGUCGGUUACCUCCCAACCAUCAUAUCCGACUAUUCAUGAAGGGUAUUACCAGUCUCAGUCACCUCAGUGGUACUGAACACAGCCAAAUAUGUCGCUUCCUCCUUGGCAUCAUUAUUGACAUCCGGCUUCCCGGAAAUCUUGCUUCGUCUCGCCUUCUAAAGGCUGUACACGGUCUCCUCGACUUCCUCUACCUUGCGCAAUAUCCAUGUCAUAGCUCUGAAACAUUACUUUUACUAGAUGAAGCUCGCGCACUCUUUCACGACAACAAGGAGAUAUUUGUUGACCUUGGAAUCCGAAACAACUUCAACCUUCCAAAACUCCAUGCAAUAUGUCAUUAUACGUCUAUGAUUCGGAUGUUUGGGACAACGGAUAACUACAACACCGAGUACACUGAAAGGCUGCAUAUAGAUCUCGCCAAGGAUGCCUAUCAUGCUACCAAUCACAAGCACAAAUUCACGCAGAUGACACGAUGGCUAGAACGAAAGGAGAAGAUCAUCUGUCACGAGCAGUACAUAAAAUGGCGCCUU